AUGGUGGCUGUAAAAAAGUCUCUGGAAUUGAUCAACUCUAGGCUCCAACUUUUUAUGAAAAGUGGAGAUGUGCAGGGUGUUAGUGUGCAGGAGGUUGCUGUUGUGAUUGAGAAGUGUUCUGUUCCCACCUAUGAUGGAUGUAAGAUGCUUUACAUGCUGGGGUACAAGCAGACUCUGAAAAUGAUCAGACAAGGCAAAGCAAAACUGGUCAUCCUCGCCAACAACUGCCCAGCCAUGAGGAAAUAUGGAAUAGAGCACAACGCCAUGUUGGCCAGGACGGGUGGCCGUCACCACAGAGGCAACAAUAUUGAACUGGGCACAGCGUGUGGAGAACACUACAGAGCAUGUGCACUGGCUGCCGCUGAUCCAGGGGAUUCUGCUAUCAUUAGCAGCAUGCAGGACAGAGUGGGGAAAAUCCCUCAAGGAGCCAAAAGCUCAGGCAGAGUUCUUGCUGAUCUCAGGUUUGGCAAAUGCCCUCAGAGUAAAAGUGAAUCCGGAGCUCUGGGCUCCCUGACCUCAACUCCCCAGGCAGUGGUCCUGCCCUAG